CCCUCCCCCUUGGCGGGCGCUCACAGGCCGCGCGGGCAGCGCGAGCCCCGGAGCCCCGGCGGCCUGUGCGCCCCGAGCCGGCAUGGACCCCGAGCGCUGCGCGCCCUUCGGCGUGGGGCCCGGGCCCGGCCCCUACGCGGCCGCGGGGGACGAGUCUCCCGGCGCUCAGGGGACCCCCCCCACCGCGCCUCACCUGCACCCCGCGCCGCCCCGCGGCCCGCGCCUGACCCGCUUUCCGGCCUGCGGGCCCCUGGAGCCCUACCUUCCCGAGCCCGCCAAGCCGCCCGUCAAGUACCUGCAGGACCUCGGGCCCGGCCCGGCGCUCAACGGCCACUUCUACGAGGGCCCUGCGGAAGCUGAGGAGAAGGCCUCCAAAGCCGCCAGCUUUCCUCAGCUACCCUUGGACUGCCGAGGGGGCCCCAGAGACGGGCCCUCUAACUUGCAAGGCUCCCCAGGCCCCUGCCUGGCCAGCCUGCGUGUCCCCCUGUCCCCGGGACUCCCCGACUCCAUGGAGUUGGCCAAGAACAAGAGCAAGAAGCGCCGUAACCGCACGACCUUCAGCACGUUCCAGCUGGAGGAGCUGGAGAAGGUCUUCCAGAAAACCCACUACCCUGAUGUGUAUGCCCGGGAGCAGCUGGCUCUGCGCACGGACCUAACCGAGGCCCGGGUACAGGUCUGGUUCCAGAACCGCAGAGCCAAGUGGCGGAAGCGGGAGCGUUACGGGAAGAUCCAGGACGGGCGGAACCCCUUCACGUCGGCCUAUGACAUCUCCGUGCUGCCCCGCACGGACAGCCACCCCCAGCUGCAGAACUCCCUGUGGCCCAGUCCAGGGUCUGGCAGCCCUGGGGGCCCCUGCCUCGUGUCUCCAGAGGGCAUCCCCUCCCCAUGCAUGUCUCCAUACUCUCACUCUCACGGCAAUGUGGCUGGCUUCAUGGGGGUGCCAGCCUCCCCCAGAGCCCACCCUGGCAUCUACUCCCUUCACGGCUUUUCCCCUGCCCUGGGGGGCCACAGUUUUGAGCCUUCCCCGGAUGGCGACUAUAAGUCUCCAAGUCUCGUGUCGCUCAGGGUGAAGCCCAAGGAGCCGCCCAGCCUGCUGAACUGGACCACGUGAUCGUCUCGUGGACACACAGACUGAGCUGCCACCCCCGUUUCCAUUCCCAGCUGCUCCCACCCCGCGGGGCCAGGAUGCCAGAGAGGACACUCCUCGGCCUCCCAGCCCCACAUGGUUCCUGAAGGUGCAGGCCGAGCAGCAGGGACCUCAGCCUCCACAGGGAACAAGUCCCUUUUCUCUUAGGACAAGAUGGGGCUGCUCAGGAGGAAGGGGGCUUCAAAGCAGGUUGGACCCUCUGCCACAGCUCGGGGCCUCUCACCCAGACUCCGGGCUGGAGAAGGACACUGCCCAGCUUCCUUCGAAAGUCACUCCUCCAGCGGAAACAGCUGAACUGGCUCCUCAUUCAGGAAACCCAGGGAAAUGGGAGGACACAGGUUGAACCAGGAGGAGCAACUUGUAGGCCAACCUCACCCCCUGCUGCCACCAGGGGGUGGACACCCAGCGUGUGGCGGUGAGAAGGGCCUGGAGGCCAGAGGUCGGUGGAAGGUCCGGCUCCCCUGCUGCAGCCAUCCCUCACUCCUCCCGAAACAGGCACGGAGCCAUCCGCCCCCUCCAAGGGUCGGCAGUCCCACCAGCAACAACGAAAUAUUUCCAUUCUGCUCAUGGGAUGAGGCCAAGCUAUGCUGUGGACACCAUGGCUCCCCUGGCUCACUCACUGAUCAUGGGAGGGAGGAAACAGAUUUCUGACUCUGAGCCCCUGAGAUCCUGACCCCACCUUUUGUAAAACUACUUUUGUAAAAAAAAAAAAAAAAAAAAAAAAAAAGUGCUGCCCAGCAUAAUAAAAAGGUGGCAAUAUUUUUUAGA